AACAACUUAAAAGUCAACAGGGUAUGAUCCAAAUUUAGAAAAAAUGAGAAAUGGAACAUGAGUUGUAUCGAGGUCGGUUUGCCUAAAAUUUGAAGGGGACAAGACAAGGUUGAAGAUGGUUGGUUGGUCAGUAUUUCUUCACUAUUUUAUUUUUUAAAAUUGAUUUAUAAGAUUAAAGUCAACAGUGGGUUGCCUAGUGUUGGGUCCCACCACCCAACAUUCCAUUCAUUAUAUCUAAUUGCACCACCAAAACGACACCGUUUGGAUCCCCAUCAACUGAACCCUCUCUCUGCUUUGCGGGAGUAUAAUAAUAGUAAUAAAGAAAUGCGAGCAGCAUGGACUGGCAUUGGCAGCGCAAAAGAGCGACGUAAUGAUGUUUGGUGGAAAAGAAACCAAAGGAAAUCAAAAGAAACUGUUUCUUUCACUUAUUAGGAAACGCCUAGCAAAAAGCAUGGACAGCAUUUGAAACGGUGCAGGAAAGGCAGCAUUCAUUUCGAGAGAGAAAAAGCAGUGAAAACGAUGAGAGAACGGUGCUGUGACGACACUGUCGGAGGAGAGUAUUGUGCUGUUUCCAUCCUUUUUGUACUUGGCGGGUGACUUUAUCAGAGGUACGGACGGACGGACGGACGGACAAGAACCUUGGCAAUUCAAUUCUCUGAUUUUCAUCUGGAAUUCGCUAAAAAAACAAAACAAGGGGUUGUUUUGAAUUUCCUGAAUCCCAGGGUUCUAGGGCUUUAGCGAAGAUGAUGAUAUCGAGAGGCCUCUUUGGAUGGUCCCCGCCGCAUAUACAGCCAUUAACGCCGGUAUCGGAGGUGUCGGAGCCGCCGGAGUCUCCUUCGCCGUACUUGGAACAGAGUAAUGACGCGGGGCCAGCGCCCGCGGAGGACGAUCAGGAGAUUGACGAGGGGGAGGAGAUGGAGCAGCCGCCGGCGGCUGUGCCUUUCUCGCGGCUCUUUGCUUGCGCCGACCGACUGGAUUGGGUUCUGAUGAUCGUAGGAUCAGUGGCUGCUGCGGCUCACGGCGCAGCUCUGGUCAUAUAUUUGCAUUUUUUCGGCAAGGUUAUUCAGUUGUUGAGUUAUCGUCAUCCAGAGGAAUCAGAUGAGCUAUUUCAGAAGUUCAAUCAGCAUUCUCUGCACAUUAUUUAUAUAGCUUCCGGUGUUUUCCUGGCUGGUUGGAUUGAGGUAUGGUGCUGGAUUCUUACUGGAGAAAGACAGACUGCUGUCAUUAGGUCAAAGUAUGUACAAGUAUUGCUUAACCAGGACAUGAGCUUUUUUGACACAUAUGGGAACAAUGGGGACAUUGUGAGCCAAGUUUUGAGUGAUGUUCUACUCAUUCAGUCUGCUAUUAGUGAAAAAGUUGGGAAUUAUGUUCACAAUAUGGGAACCUGUUUCAGUGGUCUUGUGAUCGGAUUCAUCAACUGUUGGCAGAUUGCACUCAUAACAUUAGCCUCUGGACCGUUUAUUGUUGCUGCAGGAGGAAUAUCUAACAUAUUUCUCCAUAAACUUGCUGAAAAUAUUCAAGAUGCAUAUGCAGAGGCAGCAAAUAUGGCUGAGCAGGCAAUGUCUUAUAUUAGGACCUUAUGUGCAUUCACAAAUGAAACACUGGCCAAGUAUUCCUAUGCAACUUCUCUCCAAGCAACAUUGAGAUAUGGUAUAUUGAUAAGUCUUGUGCAAGGACUUGGUCUUGGCUUCACGUAUGGGCUUGCAAUAUGUUCAUGUGCAUUACAGUUAUGGGUUGGGAGAUUGCUAGUUACUCAUAGGAAAGCCCAUGGCGGCGAAAUUAUAGCAGCUCUAUUUGCUAUUAUCUUAAGUGGCCUUGGACUGAAUCAGGCAGCAACAAACUUCUAUUCUUUUGACCAAGGGCGAAUUGCUGCUUAUAGACUUUAUGAGAUGAUAAGCCGUUCAACAUCCACCAUUAAUCAGGAUGGGAAUACCUUAGUUUCUGUGCAGGGAAAUAUCGAGUUCCGGAAUGUUUACUUCAGCUACCUCUCUCGUCCUGAAAUUCCUAUCUUAAGUGGGUUUUACUUAACUGUACCUGCUAGAAAAACUGUAGCUCUUGUUGGCAGGAAUGGAUCAGGAAAAAGUAGUAUAAUCCCACUCAUGGAACGGUUCUAUGAUCCUACAUUAGGAGAGGUACUUUUGGAUGGACAAAAUAUUAAAAGCCUGAAACUGGAAUGGUUAAGAAGCCAAAUUGGACUUGUGACCCAGGAACCUGCCUUACUAAGUCUGAGCAUAAGAGAUAACAUUGCUUAUGGGCGGUCCAAUGCUACUUUUGAUCAAAUUGAAGAAGCUGCUAAAAUAGCACAUGCACAUGCAUUUAUCAGCUCUCUUGAGAAAGGAUAUGAAACACAGGUGGGUCGAAUUGGUUUAGCAUUGACAGAAGAGCAAAAAAUAAAAACUUCUGUCGCUAGGGCAGUGCUUUCAAACCCAUCCAUUCUUCUGCUUGAUGAAGUUACUGGUGGCCUUGAUUUUGAAGCAGAAAGUGCUGUUCAGGAGGCUCUAGACAUCCUCAUGUUAGGACGAUCAACAAUCAUCAUAGCUCGGCAGCUAAGUCUUAUAAGGAAUGCUGAUUACAUUGCUGUGAUGGAGGAGGGCCAGCUUGUUGAAAUGGGUACACAUGAUGAAUUGUUAAGCUUGGAUGGCCUGUAUACAGAACUUCUCAGGUGUGAAGAAGCUACAAAACCUCCUAAAAGGACACCAAUUAGAACGCACAAGGAGACCACAACUUCCCAAGUAGAGAAGGACUCACCAGAAAAUAACUCCUUUGAAGAAUCAUCAUCUCCUAAGAUGGUUAAGUCACCAUCUCUUCAGAGGGUCCAUGGUAGUCAUGCAAUUCGGCCUACAGAUGAAACUUAUAACUUUCAAGAGUCACCUAAAACUCAGAGCACACCUCCAGAUCAAAUACUAGAACAUGGUUUGUCAUUAGACGCAGUUGAACAGGAGCCAUCAAUAAAAAGAGAGGAUAGUUUUGGAAAGAGAUUACCAGAGUUACCUAAGAUUGAUGUUACUUCAAUAAGUCAACAGGCCUCAAAUGAUUCAGACCCGGAAUCCCCCAUUUCACCUCUGCUAAGCACAUGCGAUCCAAAAAAAGAACGAUCCCACUCAAAAAGUUUCAGUCAACCGAUUGGUCAGUUAAGUGAUGUGGCUAUGAAACAGAGGGAGGUGAAUGAUAAACAAUGCCAGAAACCUCCUCCAUUUUGGAGGCUCGUAGAGCUUAGUUUGGCAGAAUGGUUAUAUGCAGUUUUAGGAAGUAUUGGUGCUGCCGUGUUUGGUUCUUUUAUUCCUCUUCUUGCUUAUGUUCUUGCACUUAUUGUGACGGCAUAUUAUAGACCUGAAGAACAUAAUCACCUGCAGAAUGAGGUGAACAAAUGGUGUUUGAUCCUCUCAUGCAUGGGUGUUGCGACAGUGGUCGCCAAUUUUUUGCAGCACUUCUAUUUUGGUAUAAUGGGAGAGAAAAUGACUGAACGAGUUAGGAGAAUGAUGUUUUCUGCAAUGCUUAGGAAUGAAGUGGGAUGGUUUGAUGAAGAGGAGAACAGUGUUGAUACCUUAUCCAUGCGCUUGGCCAAUGAUGCCACAUUUGUGCGUGCAGCUUUUAGCAAUCGGCUUUCUGUUUUUAUCCAGGAUAGUGCAGCUGUUGUUGCUGCUGUUAUUGUUGGGAUGUUGCUUGAGUGGCGAUUGGCAUUUGUUGCUUUGGGUACCUUACCCAUUCUUAUUGUUUCUGCUAUUGCACAGAAGUUAUGGCUUGCUGGGUUCUCAAGGGGCAUACAAGAGAUGCACAGGAAGGCGUCUAUGGUCCUCGAAGAUGCAGUUAGAAAUAUUUACACUGUUGUAGCAUACUGUGCUGGAAACAAGGUAAUGGAGCUUUAUAGACUGCAGCUGAAGAAAAUUUAUAAGCAAAGCUUCCUUCAAGGAAUGGUGAUAGGCUUUGCCUUUGGACUUUCGCAAUAUCUUCUUUUUGCCUGUAAUGCUCUUCUUCUUUGGUAUACUGCUCACUCCAUUAAAAAUGGCUAUGUUGGUCUUCCAACAGCACUCAAGGAGUAUAUGGUAUUCUCUUUUGCAACCUUUGCUCUGGUGGAACCAUUUGGCCUGGCCCCUUACAUACUGAAAAGGCGGAAAUCUCUCAUUUCAGUUUUUGAAAUCAUUGAUCGUGUCCCUAAGAUUGACCCAGAUGAUAACUCUGCGCUGAAACCUCCUAAUGUAUAUGGAAGCAUUGAGUUGAAAAAUGUUGAUUUCUGUUAUCCAACUCACCCAAAAUCGAUGGUGUUGAACAAUUUCAGUCUAAAAAUCAAUGGAGGACAAACUGUAGCAAUAGUGGGAGUUUCAGGUUCUGGAAAGAGCACUAUAAUUUCUUUGAUAGAGAGGUUUUAUGAUCCAGUUUCUGGUCAGAUUUUAUUGGAUGGAAGAGAUCUAAAACUGUUCAAUUUGAGAUGGUUGAGGAAUCACCUGGGUCUUGUUCAGCAGGAACCUGUAGUGUUUUCAACGACCAUUAGAGAAAACAUCAUAUAUGCAAGGCAUAAUGGUACUGAAGCUGAGAUGAAAGAGGCAGCAAGAAUAGCUAAUGCGCACCGUUUCAUUAGCAGCUUGCCUCAUGGUUACGAUACUCAUGUGGGCAUGAGGGGAGUGGAUCUAACACCAGGCCAAAAGCAGAGAAUUUCAAUUGCACGAGUAGUGCUGAAGAAUGCACCCAUUUUAUUACUGGACGAGGCAAGCUCUGCAAUUGAGUCUGAAUCAAGCCGGGUGGUGCAGGAGGCCCUAGACACACUGAUUAUGGGGAACAAAACAACCAUUCUCAUUGCACAUACAGCUGCGAUGAUGAGGCAUGUUGACAACAUAGUGGUUCUUAAUGGAGGCCGGAUUGUGGAACAAGGAACUCAUGAUUCUCUUGUAGCAAGGAAUGGUUUAUAUGUACAGUUAAUGCAACCUCACUUUGCAAAGGGUUUGCGGCAGCACCGACUUGUCUAGGAUUGGAUGGUUGAUUGAAAUUAGGGUCCUAACUCUGCAAAUGUUUUACAGCAGCUCUGACUUGUUUAAGAUUGGAGGGUUGAUUCAGAUUAGGUUCGGCUCAUUGCUAACAUUUCUUAUUCCCCGAAAUUGCUGAAUGUUGGAAACAUCAAAGCUUGCCAAAGUUUGACCAAGUUGUCUUUCCUAGCAGGGUAGGUGGAUUGAAGAUGGGAUGGUAAUAGUUAACAUCGUUGAAAUGCAGACAUGGCAAUCAGGAUCUAUGAGCAUUAUUCGGGUGAUGAGGGUUUGGAAAUUUUUUUUGGAGGCAUGCAUGUGUGGUGUGAGGAUGUGGUGUCUCCAUGGUAUAGCGAUUUUGUUAAUUUAUCAAAUUCAGCUGUUCAUCUAUCUUAUGAAGCCCUAGAUUUGGUUUGGUGAUCUCAUUUUAUUUCUUUUUUCCUUUUUUUUUCUUUUUUGGGUUCACCUUUCUGGUGUCUUAGGUGGGUUGAAAUGGUUUUGCUGUAUACUUUCUUCAAUUUUUGUGUAAGUUUGUAGAAAGUCUCCGAAAGGAAAAAUGAAGUGCCUUCACAUUUUCAACAGUUCCACUUUGAGGCGUUUUU